UUCACAAUCAUUGCGAAAUUCGUCUUUGAACGAUAAACACUAAAAAUACAAUCACGGAGCUAAAUAAGCUACGAAACUGUAUUCUUUAUUUAGGGAUCUAGAAACCGCAGGUCUGGAGAAUUUAAAUUUUGUUUUUGCUGACUCUUUAAUAGAUUCAACAUGCCAAUCAAGCAGGACCCAAGAAUCAUCUUCUCCAGUGAUGGAAUCACCGCGCAUGUAUGAAGAGGGUGAACCGGACAUAAUUUUUAAAAAGGACUUAUUUAAGCCAGUGUUUACAUUCACAGAAGAGAGCCAACACGCUCUUAAUCUUGAUCCAUCACUUGAAAACGUGGUAGAUUUACAGGAUUUAAUAAAUACUGCGAUCCCAGCUCUGGAGAACGAAGAGGGACCGAUAAACUUGGAUAACAUAUUUCCUGCAAGUGACCUUGACCUUGUCGAGGGCCACACCUCCAACUAUCCACUGGGCAAUCAAAACAAUUUCUUGGAUAUAUCCAAGUUUGUGCCUGAACCAGUGCAAAACAUCUGCAUGACUAAUUCUGAGGAGGUUUCAAGUACAACCAGCGGCAGUGACGGCAGGCAGAUUCUGACGAUCAAGUCCGAGGACUUGGAUCUCACUGCCUGCAACCAGCAGGACGUCACUGUUGGGGCUGAAGACGACGACUAUUCAUCUUUAGAUAGUUCCCGUGCUAGUACACCAAAGACACCAAUCGUCUACGAGUGCAGGAAACCAGGCCGCAAACCAUCGGCCGGCGGACCUAUACGACCAAGAAAAAGGGAACCAAAGAAAGACACAGCUGAGUACUACGAAAAACGAGCCAGGAACAACGUAGCUGUGCGUAAAAGUCGUGAAAAAGCCAAAAUAAAGCAAACUGUCACCGAGACUAGAGUUCAACAACUUACAUCAGAAAACGACAGACUUCAGAAGAAGGUUGACUUGUUAUCCAAAGAACUAACAGUGCUGAAAAGCUUGUUUAUCAAUGUUGGAGCAUCUUUACCAGAGAACUUUGAAGAAAUUCUCAGUAGAUGACCCAAACUGUUGGACAUAUAAAACUUUCAUUAGUGACAUUGAACUUUUAUCACAUUUUAUCAUAAAAUGCAUCCCACCUACUUACUGUUGUGAAUCAUAUGCAGACUUGUUUUGUAUUAGUGUAGACCCUUUCUAUAGUCAUAAUAUUUUAUACUUCUUUAUACAUAUUUAUACAUCUCAACAAUGUUCUCUAUGUAGUUUGCAUGUACUUUACAUAAAACUUGGCAACAGAAAAAUAGCAUUUCUAUUUCAUUUAAAAUAUUGUCAUGGCAUAGAAUUAUUGUUAACAGUAUUUAUUGAAAUUGUUCAUAUGUUUAUCAAUGAAUAUGAUGACGUAACGGAUCAAGCAUGUUUAAUGGACCAAGAAUUUGAAGAAAUCCAGUGUGAAUGCAAUACGAAUUUUAGCUGGAAGUUUUGUACACACAAUGAUAACUUUAUUAGAAUAUGUACUUGCAUGUUUUUAAGAUAUGUUUUAUUUUGUACACUUUGUAAUGAUCUCUUUGCAUUAAAAAAGAAUCGUUACAAGUUA